AUGACAGAAGACCGAGAGGAUGAGCCUUUCGUUGAUUUAUAUAUAUCUAAUUGGGAACAGCAAUGUAUAAAUCAGCUGGAAGCAGAACAAGAUCUUGAAGGACAAUUAACGACUGAAAAAGAACUUGUAAAUCAUAAUAUAUGGUGUUCCUUUCAAAAUACUGCUACAGCUAUAGCUCAGCUCUACAAAGAUCGUGUUCAAGACGCAGCUUCAUUAUGGCUACCUUUUCAAACUGCAGCUGGAACAGUAACCACAUUGUACAAAGGUAAUAUUAUUUUAUUGUUGUCGAAAAACACAUUUU